AUGUCUAUAAGAAGCUGGAAGUUGGAAGUUUACUUCUAUGUACUCCAGCCUGUGUUAAAAAGAAAAGACCAUGCUGUGUCUUCUCAUUCCACCCAAGACCAUUUGCCAGGGCAAGGAAUAAAUGUUUCAUUCCAAAAAGUGUUACUACAAAGCUACAGAAGCUGUGAUCUUGAGGAUUUAAACUUAAGGAAAGACUGGGAAAAGAUGGAUGAGUAUAAGAAGCAGAGCAGUUAUUAUAAUGCAUCUAACCAAUGUUCAGCAACUGGCCAUAGCAAAAUCUUCCAAUGUAGUACAUGUUUGAGUGUUUUCAAAAACUUGUUACAUCUAAAUAGACAUAAGAUGAGGCAUACUGUAGAGAAAUCUUGUAAAGAAUGUGGGGAAGCUUUUAACCAGUGCUCACACAUUACUAAACACACGAGAAUUCAUAAUGGAGAGAAAGCUUACAACUGUGAAGAAUGUGGCCAAGUCUUAAAAUCCUGCUCAAGCCUUUCUAAUCAUAAGAUAACUUAUACUGGUGAGAAAUGGUAUAAAUGUAAAAAUUAUGGUAAAGCGUUGAACCACAGCUCAAACCUUAGUAUACAUGAAAGAAUUGAUACUAGACAAAAAUUCUAUGAAUGUGAAGAAUGUGGGAAUACCUUUAAGCACUACUCAUGCUUUUCUGAACAUCAAAGAAUUAAUCCUGGAGAUAAACUCUACAAAUGUGAGGAAUGUAGAAAAGCCUUGAAGCAUUGCUCAGACCUUAAAAAUCAUAAGAGAGUUCAUACUGGAAAGAAACCAUACGAAUGUGAAGAAUGUGGCAAAGCCUUUAACUGUUGCUCAGACCUGACUAUUCAUAAGAGAAUUCAUAGUGGAGAGAGACCUUACAAAUGUGAAGAAUGUGACAAAAAUUCACCGUACAAAUGUGGAGAAUGUGGCAAAGCUUUUAACCGCAGCUCAAGUCUCAGUAUACUUAAUAGAAUUCAUACUGGAGAAAAACCUUACAAAUGUGAAGAAUGUGGCAAAGCUUUUAACCGCAGUUCAAGCCUAAGUAUACAUAACAGAAUCCAUACUGGAGAAAAACCUUAUAAAUGUGAAGAAUGUGGCAAAGCUUUUAACCAUAGCUCAAACCUUAAUCUACAUAAAAGAAUUAUUCAUACCAGAGAAAAACCCUACACAUGUGAAGAAUGUGGCAAAGCCUUUAUUCAUUGCUCAGUCCUUACUAAACAUAAGAGAAUACACACUGGAGAGAAACCCUACAAAUGUGAAGAAUGUGGCAGUCUUUAAUCAAUGCUCAGACCUCACUAAACAUCAUAGAAUUCAUAC